CCCAAGCAGCAUCGCAUUCAAGAUGUUGCCUCUUUCGUUAUUUGCUUCAUGGGUGAUAGUUCUUUUGAGUCAGCAUUUCGUGUCGGCGAACCAAUCGAUUCAAUGUGUCGUGAACACAGAUGACGUGUGCGUUUUUCAUUCCGUUCACCUAACUUCGGACAAGGAUGGUGCUGUUUCGUUGCAAUUACCUACGGUGGCAAACGUAUCUUCGAUCAAAUUUAUCGAAUCUUCCAUCGAUUUCAUUUCACCGGCACUGUUACGAAAUCUCAAUGAAAUCCGUUCUGUGAAUCUGGCUGAAUUGCGAGUGAAAGCUGUGCACCAGGAUUCAUUCCAGGGAUGUGCAGAUUUAGAAGACGUUAACCUUUCCUACAAUUUGAUCACCAAUCUCCCGGAGCGUAUUUUUGCUGAUACGAACCAGCUACGGAACUUGAAUAUCUCAUUCAACAAUCUGAAACAAUUGCCUGAGCAUGCUUUUGAGAACUGUCCAGAACUGAGGAAGCUAGAGCUGCAUGGGAAUGCAAUCGCUGAGAUAAACCGAAACCAUUUCUGGAUUCCUCGUGAGCUGGAGUAUUUGAGCUUGGGCGACAACCAAAUCGAACGUUUGACUGGUGGAGUUUUCCGACUAUUGACGAAUCUGACGGAGUUGGGUUUGAGGGAAAAUUUUCUUCGAGUACUGGGACAUGACACUUUCCAAGGAUUGACAUCGCUGGAACAGUUGGAUGUCUCUUAUAAUUUGAUCGAACGGCUCAGUCCGGGGUCGUUUCAAGGACUUGAAAACGUGAAGGUUAUUCUGUUAUCUGGAAAUUUUCUCGAGGCUCUCCCACUGGGAUUGUUUAAUAAUUUGAAUCGGUUGAGUGAGGUUCAUCUACAAGGCAAUGAGAUAAAGCGUAUUAACGAUCGAUUGUUUAACGCCUUGACGAAUCUACACAUAGUGAAUCUCAAAGGCAACUGCUUGGCGAACGUUCCUACAGCAUUGUUGAAGGUCCAAAGUGAUUCAAUUGAAUUAGAUUUAAGUCAAAACCAAAUAAGUACAAUCCCAAGAAAUAUAUGGAAAAAGCUAGGUAGUGAUGUAAGAUUACAUAAUAAUCACAUUGAAAUUGUGAGAUCUAGCACCUUCAGUGAAGCAGGAAACAUUUCAGUGAUAUUGUUGUAUGGAAACAAAAUUAUUUCUUUGGAGGAUGAUGCGUUUGAUGGGCUCAUCGACCUUUCGGAGUUAUACCUCGACUAUAACCAAUUAACUGAGAUUCCCAUUACCUUGUUUAAAGCUAAUCCAAAACUGCAUCACAUCACAGCAUCACGCAAUUCACUUACAACCAUUAGAGGCAACACCUUUGCGGGGCUAUUUCACCUGAACUCGGUUGAAUUGUCCUUUAACAAGAUUUCGGUUAUUGAAGAGGGUGCUUUCUAUGGAUCGGCAAUUGCAUUUUUAAAUCUUGAAUGUAACCUGCUGGAAACUAUUGAUGAAUAUACAUUCCAAGGGCUUAAACUCGUGUAUUUGAAUUUGGCUGGUAACAAGCUCAGGCAAAUCAAUGAAGGUUCAUUUAAAAAUCAACCAUCUAUUGAGCAUUUGAUCUUGAAGGAUAACGGUAUUUUUGAAAUUUUUGAGAGAUCUUUCCACAAUCUUCAUCGUUUGAGAGAACUAGACCUCAGUAAUAAUUCUUUGCAUGAAAUUUCUUCGCAUGUUUUCGACGGAGUUGUAUCUCUAGAAAUAUUGAAACUAUCUAAAAAUCAUCUCACGACUAUUGAUUUUGGAUCUCUAAUAAAAAAUGCUGGUUUGAAACAGCUCGAGUUAGAUCACAAUAAAAUCGUGCCUCAUUCCGAGGACACGAUUGAUACAUCACAGGAGUUCCAGUUAGAAUCUUUGAAAUCAAGUGUGGACGUCCUGCUGCCCUUAAAUCGAGCUGUUCUCGUAAAACUUCAUAUUAACUCCUUGAGGAAGGAAUCACUGGAUGAAUCUUUUCUGAAUGGAUUUGCCAAUUUACUGGAGUUAACAAUUUCAGAUACGAAAAUAAAUAAUUCUCCAAGUCUUUUCCUCCAUGACGUAAAAUUAUUGCAAACUUUGGCACUAACCAACAAUCUGAUUGUGUCAUUUCCACCCAACUUUUUCGAUGAUUGUGCUGAUUUGCAACAUCUUGAUCUAUCUGGGAACAAAUUAGGCACGGUGAAUCCUAGAUGGUUUCAGGCAACAACAAAGCUAACUCAACUUUCAUUGGCCAGAAACCAGAUUACAUCAAUUUUGCCUGAGACCUUCAGUUCCCUUCCUUUAUUAAAAGUUCUCUCCUUGGAUACUAACCGAAUCGCGAAAAUCCCAUCAGAAUUGAAUCUACCGUCAAUACAGAGCUUGAACGUUUCAUGGAAUGAAUUGAACUUUGUCCAACGAGAUUUCAUUCUCAAUCACUCGAGUCUUCAAAUGUUAGAUGUCACGGGAAACAACCUAACGGACUGCUUCAUCCACUCCAAUCUGCUUACACUGCAUGCUUCAGUCAAUCGAAUCUCAGGAAUUCAUCUCGUUUCUUCGGAAAAGUACAAUUUGAGAACACUGAAUUUAGGCUUCAAUAAGCUUAGCAAUAUAGGCGACGUAUUCAAGCUAUCACAUUUGGAAACACUUGACAUAUCGAACAAUAAGCUGCUUGACUUUGAUUUGCAUCGACUUCAUAAACUGAAGCAUCUUGUAUCACUUAAUAUUUCAUCAGCCGGAAGUAUCUUGUUGCCUUCGGAUGAAAUGAUUCCCACCAACUUGAUAGGGUUGGAUUUGAGUAACAAUCGAUUGGACACUUUGCCGGAAGGUUUUCUGAGAGCAAUCCCAAGAGUUAACGAGAUUCAUGUGCAGGGUAAUAGGUUCGGACGAGGAGAGCUUGAGAAAUUGCCAAGGUCGUUGAAGCAUCUGAUAUUCCUGAACGAUGAGGGAUCAUCUGAAAACUUAGAUUAUGAUGAGGGGCUAGUGACUACGGAGGGAAAGUAGUUUUUUUUUAAUUAUUUUGUUGUAGAAACGCAGGUCUAUGGCUUAGAACUAAUUUAGAUAUCCCUGUUUACUGUGUGAUUCUGGCUACCAUUAAUCGAGUGAUCAACUACUUGCGUUG